UUUACAGCCUGAUCUGUCUACAUGCCUGAACUCCUGAAGAGAGCAAACGUUUACAGCCUCUCCCUCCCCUGGGCAGACAGGGCAAUUUGAUCCAGCUCUCUUCAUUCCUCUAUUUUACACAUCUUCUGUGGACGAGCUUCAGGGUCCUCCGUAGUAAAAGCUGCGUACUUCUUCACAAACAUGGAUUCGGAUUCCGAUUCCCCAUUUAAUUAUUCCUGGCCUGCCUUUCCCAAAAUGAGGAUUCACAGAAGAGUAAGUCGCCAGGAUCGCUUCUUAGAUGUCCUGAAGAGGCUGAAAUACCCACCUACUAUGCUUGCUGCAACCAGGCUGUCUGCCAUGCUAAAUGGCAAUGAUGAAGUGUAUGCCAACUCAAUGGUGGUGGAUGAAAGUCUGACGCCUCAUAAAACCCCAAAGAUACCAAGUUCCAGUUUAGAUGGUCUUGAUGCAGACAGUGAAGGAGAGGGCACGUAUAGCAGGUAUGACAAUUCUGGCUGUUCAGCUAAAGAGGACUCUUCUGGCCUUCUUGGGAACAGCGGUGAUGAACUGGACUCCCCCGAGACUAAUCCUGAUUUCCAAAUUAGACCAGCUGGAACUCUACCCUUCGCACAGAGUAAGGACCCUUUAACCUCUGGUCUUAGAUUCCGCUCUUACUCUUAUUCCUCUCCAAAAAAUUUCCUUGGGAAGCCUCGCUUAACCCGUGACCUCUCCAUUGGUGAUCCUGGAGAUGAACGAGCAUUCAGCCUUCCUGAACAGUCAAGAGAAAAAAGGAUUGAAGAGGAGGAAUGGGACAGAUACAUGACGCCUACAAAACCUGAAGCUGAGAAAAACAAAGUGAGCCGUACCUUCAGCUUCCUGCGGAGCAGGAUGAGCAGUACUAGGAAUAAAACCAAGGCCAAAACAAAGGAUACAAAGGAGAAGGUGAAUCGCCACCAGUUUGCACUGGGUACAUACUCUGGUGUAGUUCCUUGUUUAGUAUGCGAGAAAGCUCUCCUGGGGAAAGAGUCCUUUCAAUGUUCAAAUUGUAAUGUGAAUGUGCACAAGGCAUGCAAGGAUUCUGCUCCAGCAUGUACAAAGAAAUUUCAGGACCGGUACAACACAAAACACAAAUCGGCAGUCAUUUCGAAUUCCUCAUUCAAGGAUGUUCCCCAGCCGGUUCCUUCAGCAAUGCCUCCUGCAACUUCUGUGUCUGUUGGUGGAAAGAAAGAUACAGCGCAGUCAUUCCAUCCCUUGCCCAGGAGUGUGCCUGUGCCAACCAUAGACAGGAGAUUAGAUCAGACAUUGGAAUCUGAUGGUGACACAAGUGGCUCUAGAUCCAGGUCACAGUCGGAUGAGCUGUUACAAACAUUGGGGACUCCUCCGUCGAUGGAUGCUUUUCCUAUUGAAGAUGUUGUGGAUGCAGCCUUAUGGAGUGACUUUAGCAGUGACGCUCUGGAGUUCGAAGCAGAGUCAUGGAGUUUAGUUGUGGAUUCCAACUUCUGCAAUAAACAAGAAAAAGAUGUGAUUAAAAGACAAGAUGUUAUUUACGAGCUCAUGCAGACGGAACUGCAUCAUAUCCAGACCCUGUUCAUUAUGUCUGAGGUAUUCAGGAAAGGGAUGAAGGAGGAGCUGCAGAUGGACCACAGCACAGUGGACAGAAUCUUCCCCUGCCUUGAUGAGCUGCUGGAAAGCCACAAGUGCUUCUUUUACAACCUGCGUGAGAGGAAACAGGAGUCAAGGGAGGGCAAUGACGGAAACUUUGUCAUCAACAGAAUUGGAGAUAUCCUUGUACAGCAGUUUUCAGCUGAGAAUGCAGAAAAAAUGAAGCAUAUUUAUGGCGAAUUCUGCAGUCACCACAUUGAAGCUGUGAACUUGUUUAAGGAACUACAACACAAUAAAAAAUUUCAGAACUUUAUAAAAGUGACAAACGGCAAUCUGCAAGCUCGUCGUCGAGGUAUCCCUGAAUGUAUCCUCCUAGUAACACAGCGUAUCACCAAAUAUCCGGUUCUUGUGGAGAGGAUAUUGCGUUAUACUCCAGAGGGCAAUGAUGAGCACAAAGAUCUUUGUAGGGCUCUGUGCUUAAUCAAGGACAUGAUUGCUGCAGUGGACUCAAAAGUCAAUGAAUUUGAGAGAAAACAAAGACUUGAAGAGUUCGUAAACAAGAUUGAAAACAAGACAUUCACCAAGAUGAAGAAUGGACAUGUCUUUACAAAGCAAGACCUAAAGACAAAAGAUCGAGUGCUGCUGCAUGAUGGUGUCCUCCUAUGGAAAACUGCUACAGGGAGAUUUAAAGAUAUCCAAGCUCUGCUUUUAACAGAUGUGUUGCUGUUUCUUCAAGAAAAAGACCAAAAGUAUAUAUUUGCUGCUGUGGAUCAGAAACCUCCAGUCAUUUCUCUGCAAAAACUGAUUGUGAGGGAAGUAGCCAAUGAGGAGCGUGGGAUGUUUCUAAUAAGUGCAUCUUCGGCUGGACCCGAAAUGUAUGAAAUUCACACAAACUCCAAAGAGGAAAGAAACUCAUGGAUGAGGCAGAUACAUGAAGCUGUGCAGAGCUGUCCAGAAGAAGAUGAAGGCAAGAUUAGUGAAUCCGAUGAAGACAGACGUGCUGCAGGAGCACGGGCUGCCAAAGCUCAGGAGUAUCAAGAAGUCCUCAGCAUCCAUGACCAGCAAAUCUGUGGCUAUUUGGAAGAAAAGUUACAGAUUUUUGCAGAACUGGCGACCCUGUGUGGUGGGAGUGAUGUGAAACUGGAAACGCAACUACUUGUUAAGGCUGAGUCUGGAGAGAUUCCCCAAGCCACACCACUGCUGGAGGCUGCACUAAAAGAAACUGAAAGACUGUACAUGACCUUAGCAUCACAAAUGGACAACUCAGCCUGGUCAUCUGAGGAUCCGGAGACAUCGCACAGAUCACGGGCAUGUUCGGGCACAGGACCAUUUGAGGAGGCUCAAGAAAUUCACUACAACUCCCAGUCUCCUGAGUUUAGAGAGGAAGACUUGAGUAAUGCUGAUCUCAGUACUUUGCAGGAAGGCAGUGAUGUGGACUUGUCUAUUCAGGAAGAAAAGGUUGAACUGAAUCACUAUUUGAGUUCUAAGAAUGAGGAGAUUUUCCAAGCAGUUCAAAACGUGACUCGCCUAUUAUACAGUGUCCAGGCUGCUGUAACCAUGCAGGAUAGCCAGAUAGAACUAACGAAGGUUCUACACCAGGACCACGAGCCUAGUGGUAGAGGCUAUGCUCUCCGUGGGUCCCUCCUACAGGAACAGUAUCGCCAUCUAGAAAAACAUCGCGGGGAGGUGGCAAAACUUCAGCAUCAAUUUCAACAGGAACAGCAGCGCUGGGCCAGAGAGUGUGACCAAAAAGAGAAGGAACUGGAGGAGAAGGAGAACAUGAUACAGCAGUGGGAGAGAGAUUGGCAGAACCAGGUGCAGCUUCUGGAGGAAAAGAGAGAAGAGCUUUCCGAGCAGCUUGUGGAGUUCCAGCACAAUGUGGAGAGGCUGCAGGAAGGCCAGAGGAUGGUGGAGAAAGAAAGGGAAGAACUCUGUGUACAGCACAAGCUCCUCAGACAAUGGAAGCAUGUUCGCCAGAACAGCCUGCCCAUUUUAUUUCCGCAUCAAAAGACAGAGGGUGUAAGAAACCCCCAGCUUGACAGUUUUCAAAUGGAAGACUCCGUCUGCCUUAACAACGCACUGGCUCAGAUAUCGCUCAACAACAUGGCCGCACAUCCAAACUCUGCUUACUCUGACGAAUACACGGAUCACGCCUCUGAAUCUGCAGAGACUUCUGGAAACAGCCCUGUGGAUAUUUCCAGUGAACCUUGGAGCUCCUUAAUUUCCCGACAGCAGAGGCUUGAGAAUUUUUCACGACACAGCAAUAAAGAUGCCUGCAAUAACGACUUGAACGCAGCCCACGUCAUCUACUGUGGAACAUUAUUGGCUUCAGGAUCACAGAACCUAAACACAGGGGCCCCACAAUUACCGCAGCCUUCAGAUCCCAUGAAAAUACUCCACAAUGACUCUCCAAACAGUAUAGAAAAUGGACGGAUAGAAGAGAACAUCAUUUACCUCUGAUCCAUGUUACAUUCAUUCCAGAAUUUCUGCUCGGAACUUGCAAAACUGUGUUUGAGAUCACAAACGCUGUAAAUAUUAUUCCCUCUAUAUAUAUAUAUAUAAAUAUAGGUUCAUAGGAUUUGCCAUUGAUUGGCCAUAUUCUAAAACAUUGCACAUGGAUGCAAAUAUCCAUUUUUGUGAUAUCUGCUGUCAUUAUGGUCAGUGACUGUAAUCGUCCAGUGUGAGAAAAUAUCUGGUAUAUAAUAUUUCAAAAGGAUUUUCAUGCAUUAAGAAAUGACUGAAGAAAAAAACUCUAUAGCAGAA